AUGACCGUCUGCGUCUUCCUCGCGGGUGGCUUUCGGAACCCCCGCCUCUGCGCCCCGGAGCGGUGGGCUCCAUUCCCGCCCAGCCUCCUCCAGGCGUUGCCCUGGCCCCGGCCUAGGCUUCGGCUACUGCUGCUGCUGCUAUUCCUGCCGCCCUCUGCCCUCUCCGCUGUAUUCACAGUGGGGGUGCUAGGACCCUGGGCCUGCGACCCCAUCUUCGCCCGCGCCCGCCCAGACCUGGCCGCCCGCCUGGCUGCCACCCGCCUGAACCAAGACCCAGCCCUGGAAGGCGGUCCCCGCUUCGAGGUCUCACUCCUGCCGGAGCCCUGCCGGACCCCUGGCUCGCUGGGGGCGGUGUCGUCUGCCCUGGCCCGUGUCUCUGGUCUCGUGGGUCCGGUGAACCCUGCAGCCUGUCGGCCGGCUGAACUACUAGCCCAAGAGGCGGGGGUUGCGCUGGUGCCCUGGGGGUGCCCGGGGACACGGGCGGCGGGCACGACGGCCCCCGCAGUGACGCCCGCGGCGGAUGCCCUCUACGCCCUCCUUCGCGCUUUCCGCUGGGCGCGUGUGGCCCUCAUCACCUCCCCCCAGGACCUGUGGGUGGAAGCCGGACGCUCACUAGCCACGGCAUUGAGGGCCCGGGGUCUGCCCGUUGCCCUGGUGACCGCCAUGGAGCCCUCGGACUUGUCUGGAGCUCGGGAGGCCCUGAGAAGGGUCCAAGACGGGCCCAAAGUCCGAGCAGUGAUCAUGGUGAUGCAUUCGGUGCUGCUGGGCGGCGAGGAGCAGCGCUGCCUACUGGAGGCUGCAGAGGAGCUGGGCCUGGCCGAUGGCUCCCUGGUCUUCCUGCCCUUUGACACGCUUCACUACGCCUUGUCCCCAGGCCCGGAGACCUUGGCCGUGCUAGCCAACAGCUCACAGCUUCGCAGGGCCCACGAUGCGGUGCUCACCCUCACGCGCCACUGUCCCCCUGGGGGCAGCGUGCUGGACAGCCUGCGCAGGGCCCAAGAGCAUCAGGAGCUGCCCCCUGAUCUUAAUUUGCAACAGGUAUCCCCACUCUUUGGCACCAUCUAUGAUGCGGUCUUCUUGUUGGCCGGUGGCGUGGCACGAGCUCGGGCAGCUGUAGGUGGCAGCUGGGUGUCCGGAGCAGCUGUGGCCCGCCACGUCCAGAAUGCCCAGGUCUCAGGCUUUUGUGGCGUCCUGGGAGGAGCUGAGGAGGCCCCAUUUGUGGUGCUGGACACAGAUGAGGCAGGGGACCGACUAUUCGCCACAUACGUGCUGGACCCCACCCGGGGUUCCUUCCGCUCUGCUGGGAACCCGGUGCAUUUCCCUAGAGGGGGACAGGGGCCUGGGCCUGACCCCUCCUGCUGGUUCGACCCAAACACCAUCUGCAACGGAGGAGUGGAGCCUGGCCUUGUCUUUAUCGGCUUCCUCCUCGUGGUUGGGAUGGGGCUGACAGGGGCCUUCCUGGCCCAUUAUGUGAGGCACCGGCUACUUCACAUUCAAAUGGUUUCCGGCCCCAACAAGAUCAUCCUGACUUUGGACGACAUCACCUUCCUCCACCCGCAAGGGGGCAGCUCUCGAAAGGUGGCCCAGGGCAGUCGGUCGAGUCUGGCUGCUCGCAGUGUGUCAGACAUUCGCAGCGUCCCCAGCCAGGUCCCGGAGAGCUCCACCAUUGGCCUCUAUGAGGGAGACUGGGUUUGGCUGAAGAAAUUCCCAGGGGAUCAGCACAUAGCCAUCCGCCCAGCAACCAAGACAGCCUUCUCCAAGCUCAGAGAGCUCCGGCACGAGAAUGUGGCCCUCUACCUGGGGCUCUUCCUGGCGGGAGGAGCAGACAGCACCGCGGCGGCCCCCGGGGAAGGCAUGCUGGCUGUUGUCUCAGAGCACUGUGCCAGGGGCUCCCUCCAUGACCUUCUCGCCCAGAGAGACAUAAAGCUGGACUGGAUGUUUAAGUCCUCCCUCUUACUGGAUCUUAUCAAGGGAAUGAGAUAUCUGCACCAUCGAGGUGUGGCCCAUGGGCGACUUAAGUCACGGAACUGCGUGGUAGACGGGAGGUUCGUGCUUAAAGUCACCGACCACGGCCACGGGCGAUUGCUGGAAGCCCAGAAGGUGUUACCAGAGCCUCCCAGCGCAGAGGAUCAGCUAUGGACAGCCCCAGAACUGCUUCGAGACCCAGCCCUGGAGCGCCGGGGAACGCUGGCCGGCGACGUCUUCAGUCUGGGCAUCAUCAUGCAGGAGGUCGUGUGCCGCAGCGCCCCCUAUGCUAUGCUGGAGCUGACUCCCGAGGAAGUGGUGCAGAAAGUGCAGAGCCCUCCUCCACUGUGUCGGCCCUUGGUUUCCAUGGACCAGGCGCCCAUGGAGUGCAUCCAGCUGAUGAAACAGUGCUGGGCAGAGCAGCCAGACCUUCGGCCUUCCAUGGACCGCACCUUUGACCUGUUCAAGAGCAUCAACAAGGGCCGGAAGACCAACAUCAUCGACUCCAUGCUGCGGAUGCUAGAGCAGUAUUCCAGUAACCUGGAAGACCUGAUUAGAGAGCGCACGGAGGAGCUAGAGCUGGAAAAGCAGAAAACAGACCAGCUGCUCACGCAGAUGCUCCCUCCGUCUGUGGCUGAGGCUCUGAAGAUGGGGACACCUGUGGAGCCUGAAUAUUUUGAGGAGGUGACACUGUACUUCAGCGACAUAGUGGGCUUUACCACCAUCUCAGCCAUGAGUGAGCCCAUCGAAGUAGUGGACCUGCUUAACGACCUCUAUACGCUCUUUGAUGCCAUCAUCGGCUCUCACGAUGUCUACAAGGUGGAGACAAUUGGGGACGCCUAUAUGGUGGCCUCCGGGCUGCCCCAGAGAAAUGGGCAGCGACACGCAGCAGAGAUCGCCAACAUGGCACUGGAUAUCCUCAGCGCCGUGGGCUCCUUCCGCAUGCGCCACAUGCCUGAGGUGCCUGUGCGCAUCCGCAUUGGCCUGCAUUCGGGCCCAUGCGUGGCGGGUGUGGUGGGCCUAACCAUGCCGCGGUACUGCCUGUUUGGGGACACGGUCAACACAGCCUCGCGCAUGGAAUCCACAGGGCUGCCUUACCGCAUCCACGUGAACGUGAGCACCGUACAGAUCCUCCGCGCUCUCGACGAGGGCUUCCAGACCGAGGUGCGAGGCCUCACGGAGCUAAAGGGCAAGGGUGCAGAGGACACGUACUGGCUGGUGGGCAGACGAGGCUUCCAUAAGCCCAUCCCCAAGCCGCCUGACUUGCAACCCGGGGCCAGCAAUCACGGCAUCAACCUGCAGGAGAUCCCCCCCGAACGGCGCAGGAAACUGGAGAAGGCGAGGCCGGGCCAGUUCUUCGGGAAGUGA